AAUGAACAGAAUAACGGAAACAAGUAGAACAUAUAAACUGGAUAUAAACACCACCAAAACCAAGCUAAUGAUCAUCAGCAAGAAAAACGUAACUGGAGCAAAUUUGUAUGUGAAUCAAUUGAGAAUUGAACUUGCGUCACAAUACAAUUACUUGGGAACGAUAAUCAAUGAGUCGUGGGACAAUACCCAAGAGAUUAAAUGUCGCAUCAUAAAGUCCAAAAGUUUAUUCUUGACUGUUAGCUCUGUGUUCAAAAGCCAUGACCUCACCCUAAAAACAAAAGGUAAUACACAAAAAUCAUGAAGAUACCAUGGACAGACAAAGUCAUCAAUGAAGAAGUACUGCGGAGCAUGA